GCUUAAGGUUAUAUGUUUUGUGGUAAGGUUUGUUGUUAUUGACAGAGCCAGUUUUGAAUUGCUAUGUUACUCUUUAUUUCGGCAAAUUUAUCUGUUUUCGGUGAUUUAUUAUACAAGACCAGUCUACAAAGAUAUUAAAAUACAGUAAAACAUGUUCAUUAAGCAGGUCAUCAUUCAUGGUUUUAAAAGUUAUAGGGAACAGACUGUUGUCGAACCCUUUCACAAAAGACAUAAUGUUGUUGUUGGACGAAAUGGUUCAGGAAAAAGCAACUUUUUCUAUGCUAUCCAGUUCGUACUCAGUGAUGAAUUUUCACAUUUGCGACCUGAACAGCGGCAAGCCCUUCUACACGAAGGAACUGGCCCGCGUGUUGUUACUGCUUAUGUAGAAAUUAUAUUUGAUAACAGUGAUAAUAGACUGCCGAUUGAGAAAGAAGAAAUAGUGUUGAGGAGAGUGAUUGGUGCCAAAAAGGACCAGUAUUUUUUAAACAAAAAGAUGGUUCCUCGAUCAGACGUGAUGAACCUUUUAGAAUCUGCUGGAUUUUCACGUUCCAACCCCUACUACAUCGUUAAACAGGGAAAAAUUAAUCAGAUUGCAACUGCCCCCGAUUCUCAUAGACUUAAACUUCUGAGAGAAGUAGCUGGAACAAGAGUGUAUGAUGAGAGAAAGGAAGAGUCAACUUCCAUCCUAAAAGAAACUGAGGGCAAGUUAGAUAAAAUCGAUGAAUUUUUAAGAACUAUCGAGGAAAGAUUAAAAACAUUGGAAGAAGAAAAAGAAGAGCUGAAGGAAUAUCAAAAAUGGGAUAAAAUGAGAAGAUCACUUGAAUAUUGCAUUCAUGAUCGAGAGCUUAAGGAUACAAAAAAGAAAUUGGAAGAGCUGGAACAAAGAUUAAAUAACUUUGACGAAGUUCAGAAGAAAUUGGCAGCUGAACUAAAAGCUGCCCAGGAUUCAGCUAAAGUUGCUGCCCGAAAAUUAAAAGAAACGAAAAAGGAAGUUCAGGUAGCCAAAGAAGAAAGGGAAACACUAAGUAUCGAGCAGCAACAGUUACUUAAAGAUAAAACUAAAUUAGAACUGACCAUAAAGGAUCUCACGGAUGAAGUUCAAGGGGACGACAAAAGCAAGCAUCGAGCAGAGCAAGAGCUGGUCAAGCUUAAUGAAACAAUAGCACAAAGGGAAGCUGAAUUAGAAGAACUGAAACCUCGCUAUGAAGCUCAAAAGAAAAGAGAAGAGGAAUGCACAAGAGAAUUAGCAUUGAAGGAACAAAAAAGGAAAGAAUUGUAUGCAAAACAAGGAAGAGGUAAUCAGUUUACGUCAAGAGGUGACAGGGAUCAAUGGAUUGAAAAGGAACUUAAAUCUCUUGUAAAACAAAUUAAAGAUAAGACUGAACAUAAAGAAAGGCUUGCAGAAGAUCUUAAAAAGGAUAAUGAAAAGCAAGUCCUGUUGGAAAAGAAAAUAGCUGAGCAAAGUGCUGAAUUAGAACAUCAGCGGUCUGCUAUCGAUGAAUAUAAUAAGCAGCACUAUGAACAGAAGAAAAUGAAAGACCAGUACCAGAGUACUAGGAAUGAGUUAUGGAGAAAAGAGAAUCAGCUUCAGCACACUAUGACUUCGUUAAAGGAAGAAUUGGCCAAGGCAGAUCAAGCCCUCAGGAGUAUGGCAGGAAAGCCUAUCCUCAAUGGUAGAGACAGUGUGAGGAAAGUUCUAGAAACAUUCCGGCAAAGAGGUGGCACUUAUAAAGAUCUGGCUGAUUGCUAUUAUGGCCAAGUCAUUGAGAAUUUUGAGUGUGAAAAGUCUAUUCAUACUGCUGUUGAAGUUACUGCAGGAAAUAGGCUUUUUUACCAUAUUGUGGAAUCUGACAGUGUCGGUACACAGAUUUUGAAGGAGAUAAACAGGCAAAAUUUACCUGGUGAAGUCACUUUCAUGCCAAGAAAUCGUUUGCAUGUAAAAGAUCAACGAUACCCGUCUUCAGAGAAUGCGAUUGCCAUGGUUAGUAAACUAACUUAUGAUCAGAAAUUCGAUAAGGCAAUGAGAUACAUUUUUGGUAAGACUCUCAUUUGUCGUAACUUGGAGGUAGCUACUGACAUGUCGAAACAGUACAACCUAGACUGCAUUACAAUCGAUGGUGAUCAGGUAUCAUCCAAAGGUACACUCACUGGUGGUUACUUCAAAAACAUCAGGUCUAAGCUCGAAAUUCAAAAGAACAGAACAGAGUUGAUGCAACAAAUUCGCGAAGCAGAUGCACAACUACUUGAGUUACGUGAACAGCUUACUGUUACUGAAGCUUCCAUUACCCAAAUUGUUUCUGACAUGCAAAGGACAGAAACGAAAAAUAGCAAAGCUAAAGGAUACUUCGAUAAACUGAAAGCUGACAUCAGACUGAUGAAAGAGGAGUUGGCCAGUAUUGAAAGGUACAGGGGCCCGAAAGAGAGAUCCUUACAGCAAGCCAUAUCUAACCUCGAAGCUAUGCAGAGCACCAAGCAAGGAUUGGAAUCUGAGCUUCACCAGGACUUGCUGGAACAACUGUCGGCAGCAGACCAACGUGAUAUGGACAAGCUAAAUGAUGAUAUCAGACGUCUCACUCAAGAAAAUAAAUCAGCUUUCUCUACGAGAAUGAAGCUGGAAGCAGACAAAAAUAAACUUGAAAACCUUCUAACAAACAAUCUUAUCAGAAGAAAAGAUGAACUCAUACAGGCAUUACAAGAAAUCUCAGUGGAGGAAAGGAAGAGGACAUUAGAUAACUCCAGAUUAGAACUUAGUGGGAUAGAAAAGAGGUUAGAAAAACUGAAUAAAGACUUCAAAGCAUGUGAGAAGAAAGUUCAAGAAGCAGUCAAAAGGCAAAAAGCUGAACAGGACGAAGUAGAAAAAUGGAGAGUGAAAGAGAAGGAAGCUCAAGAAAAGAGAGAUGCCGAUACAAAAGAUUUGAGUAAAGUGGCAUCUAAGCAAGCCAUGCUUCAAACCAAGAUUCAAGAGGCGACGUCAAAGAUACAAGAAUUAGGAUCACUUCCUUCUCCUGAAAUGGUCAACAAGUAUAUGUCUUACUCGUCUAAGAAUCUUUUUAAAGAGCUAGAGAAGGCGAACGGGCACUUGAAGAAAUAUAGUCAUGUUAACAAAAAAGCGCUCGACCAAUUCAUGAGUUUUUCAGACCAAAAAGAGAAACUUAUGAAAAGAAAAGAAGAGUUGGAUAGAGGGGAUGAAAAGAUCAAAGAGCUAAUGGUGGUUUUGGAACAAAGAAAAUGUGAGGCCAUUCAAUUUAUGUUUAAGCAAGUGUCUAUGUUCUUCUCUCAGGUAUUUAAAGAGCUAGUUCCUGGAGGUCAUGCCCAGCUGGUAAUGAAGACUAAUGAUGGCGAUGAACACGUCGAGCAUAAUCCUGAAAUAAAUUCUGAUGAAUUUUCUGGUGUUGGAAUCAGGGUCUCGUUCACCGGUCAUGGUGAAAUGCGAGAGAUGAACCAGCUGUCUGGAGGACAGAAGUCUCUUGUAGCACUUGCCCUGAUCUUUGCCAUUCAGAAAUGUGAUCCUGCGCCGUUUUACUUGUUUGAUGAAAUCGAUCAGGCUUUAGAUGCUCAGCACAGAAAAGCUGUUGCAGACAUGAUUCACAAAAUGUCAGAGGAUGCUCAGUUCAUCACAACCACUUUCAGGCCCGAGCUUCUUCAACAUGCUAAUAAGUUCUAUGGUGUCAAGUUCAGAAAUAAGGUGAGUCAUGUCGAGUGUGUAACACGAGAGGAAGCAUAUGACUUUGUGGAGGAUGACACAACGCAUGGGUAACCAAGUCUUAUCCAAGGAAAAAAAAAUAUUUUAUUACUGUUUGUAUUUAAUGUUAAGGUGGCCGAUUACGUAGGCCCAUUAUAGGGAACUUUUAAUAUUUGACUGUAAACUCAGUUCAAGUACAUAAUUUUGUACAGCUGUUGAUUUUAUAUUGAUUUAAGUUAAAUAAUUAAUGUAUAUUUGAUUAUUAAAAUAUAUAGUUUUUGUUUUUAUUA